AUGCAGCUGCUCAAGAUCGACGGCUAUUGCGCGACCGAUAACGUAGGCGCGAGCAACAGCUAUUCCAUCAAAUCCAGAUGGAACGUCGACGGGUAUGAUUGGGAAAUCUGUAUCUAUGUUGAUCUCCAAUGGUCGGUAGCACUGGAGCUAAUCUUCCAAAGUCGAUCCCGCACCAACAAUUACGUGAGGGCAAAUCUCGGUUCCCGGUUGGUAGAUCCGAAAGGAAUUUUCACUCCAUCCGAGCAGAAGACCGUGUCAGGGGAGUUCAUGUAUAACUCACAUCACUCAUCUAAAUUGAUGCUCACGAAAAGAUGUGAUCUAGAGGCAUCGGGUUAUAUCACCGGUGAUGCCCUGACUCUGCAGUGCACCAUCACCGUCCUCAAGGAAUUACCGGUGCAAACGUUCCCCGUCAAACAAAUCCCGAUGCCUGCCGUGCCAUCCUCCAACUUGCACGAGCACUUCGGCGAGCUCCUGCUGAGCGAGAAGGGCGUGGACGUCACAUUCCUCGUGUCCGGCGAGUCUUUCGUGGCCCACAAGGCCGUACUCGCCGCGAGGUCCACCGUGGUCAUGGCCCAGUUCUACGGGCAAAUGAUGGAGAAGAGGUCACAUCGUGUCGAAGUUAAGGACAUGGAGGCGGCAGUGUUCACGGCGCUUCUCCGAUUCAUCUAUACCGACAUGGUGCCGGACUUCAGCCAGAAGCAGGAGGAGGCGACGACGAUGGCACAACAUCUGCUGGCAGCCGCCGAUAGGUACGGUCUGGACAGGCUCAAGCUGAUCUGCGUGGGUAGGCUCGCCGGCGGGGUCGACGUCAACACGGUUGCGACGACAUUGGCAUUAGCCGAGCAGCACAACUGCUGA